CCUUCUUGUCAACACCUAAGGGAAAGCCACUCCCUGGGCGGGGCAUACAGUCCAAACGAUGCGCUCACCUGGUUUAGGUGCGCCUGUCGUUAUCAACAUACCACUUAUCAUAAAGGAGAGAGAGAGAGAGCGGGGACUAGGCGUAGAACAGAAUUCUGCUGUGAGAGUGCACCCCGUACAAUAAGAUUGGACGUGAGAAUAUCCAGAUUUGAGAAAUGUCUUCAAAACCAAAUGGGAGCCCGCCUCCUUAUGACAAUGAAUUGCAUGGAAGCAGGGAUCUCUAUGUGGGGGACGUCCCGCCCCAGCCGGCCUACUCCUACUACCCCGACGACGAGUUCCUGCACUACUACCGCUGGACGUCCCCGCCCGGAGUGAUCAAAAUCGUGGCGGUCAUCAUCAUCAUCCUCUGCGUGGCCAUCUUCGCCUGCGUGGCCUCCACCCUGGCCUGGGACACCCAGUACGGCCUGUCGGGCUUCGGUGGCGGAAUCGGAGGGGGGUACGGAGGGGGGUACGGAGGGGGGUAUGGGGACAGCUACGGGGGCGGGGGCGGGUACGGGGGCGGGUAUGGAGCGGGCGGAAGCUUCGGAGGGUACGGAGGGGGCUACGGCGGGGGGAACGCCUACGGCUACGGCUCGAUCGGCGGCAACUACAACGAUCCCAGGAAGGGGAAGGGCUUCAUGAUCGCCAUGGCGGCCAUCUGCUUCAUCGCCGUGAUGGUGAUCUUCAUCCUGCUGGUGUCGCGGCAGAAGAGAGCCAGGUCGCGGCGCUUCUACCUGGCCAUCAUCAUCAUCAGCGCCAUCUUGGCCUUCCUCAUGAUUAUAGCCACCAUCGUCUACCUGGUGGCCGUCAACCCCAUGGCUCAGACCGGCUCGUCCUACAGCCUUCAGCUCCAGGGCCUGUGUGCCCAGUACCAGCAACCGCAGGUCUCGGGAGUCUUAAUGAACCAGUACCUGUACCACUACUGCGUGGUGGAGCCCCAGGAGGCUAUUGCCAUCGUGUUUGGGUUCCUGGUGGCCGCUGGAUUGAUCAUCAUUUUGGUCUUCGCUGUGAAGACGCGUCAGAAGAUCGGGAACCAUGGAAAGGAGAACAUCCUGUGGGAACGUGUGAAAAUAGUGGGCGAGCCCCAGCCGGAAGGCAUUGAGGAGUGGGUAAACAACGUGUCCGGGGCGCCCGGAGGAGGACUGAGCGAGUACCCCGUGAAGCUGGCGGGCUCGCGGAGCUACCUGGACGACAACAGCACAGACUACGCCAAGCCGCCCUACACCCCAGAACUGCCCGCGGAGGAGGUGCCCCUGCAGAGCAUGCCAUUCAGCAGCGGCUCGGAACCGGCCAGCUCCGUGGCCAAGCCGAAAAAGAGGCGGGCCCGAAGGCCCCGCGCUGCCGAUGGACAGGACUACGAGACGGACUACAGCACGGGCGACGAGCUGGACGACAACGACUUCGACCGCGAGUUCCCACCCAUCUACGCUGAGAAGGACAGGAAUGACUACAAGCACGAGUUUGACAAAGACCACCAGGAGUACAAGGCCCUCCAGGCGGAGCUGGACAGCAUCAACAAGGACCUGUCGGCGGUGGACCGGGAGCUGGACGACAUGGAGGAGGGCAGCCCGCAGUACCUGGAUGCUAUGGAUGAAUAUGACCGACUGAAAGCCAUAAAAAGGUCUCCAGAUUACAAGAUGAAAAAACAGAGGUGCAAGUACCUGAAGGCCAAAUUGAACCACAUCAAGAUGAGGGUCAGUGAGUUUGACAGAUCGUAGAUUGCCUAACCCCCCAACCACACCGGAUUGCUCCUCUUUUAUUUUUAUUUUUUUGGAUGAAAACGCUUUGAAACUCAGGAAGUCCGGCUUCAAGAUGGUGCCUCUUUUGUCCCUUUAUUGUUGAAAUUUUAACUAGGCUCAAUGGUCUUGUUAUUUUUUUAAAGAUCCAUAUUUCUCUAACCUGUAUUAGGAAAUGACAUUUUUGCUUUUGUCGCUUUAAAACAUUGAGUCAUUUAUGGUUGGGCUCUGUUAGUCAGAAGACAGCAUAUAUUUUUUAUUUAAUUCCAGUUCAUCCCAUUCCAUCAUUUUUCAGAAGCAAUACCUUGCAAUACAGACGCAGUUUCUAUUUUAUUCCACAAUACGUAAUGCUCACAGUAUGGAUGGAACGUCAGGAGGUUCUAUUGGGUGCUUGAGAAUGAGGUGUUGGAAGCUGGGGCAAAAGAGUUCAGCUAUAGUAGCUUAUAUUCUCAUUUGUGAUAACAUGAAAACAUUUAUUCACCAUUUUAAAGAUAUAUUUUGAAUUUGUACUUUUUUGGUGUAUGCAAGUUACAAACUGUCAUUGUUGUUUUUACAUACUAACAUGUUAUUUCAAUUAAACAAAUGAACAUAUAUGUAAAUUUAGGUUGAAUGUUGUAUAUAUGUGAAUAUGUCAGUCUACCGAAAGUAGUCUUGGGUUGUCUUAAGGUUGUUUCAUUUCUCCGUUUUUACUAUGGGGUUUCUUUCAACACUUGCCUGAAUUCCACUCUUUUUUAAAGCCUAGCUGGCACAGAGAUGGGAAUUCAGCAUUACUAACGGGCUAAACUGGUAGUUAUUUUAUUUUACAAUCAAAACUACCAGAACUGAACAGUCUUUUUUAUAUACAUUUGUAAAACUUGAUUUUUAAAUAAAAUGUGAUGAGUUUAAGGAAG